AUGUCGGUUUUCUCCUUCAACGAUUUCAAGUCUCUGGAGGAAGCUCGGGAAGCUCUGAUCACCGACUAUGAUCGACAAAGGGCGGAGCUUCGCCAGCGCUCCAUGGCGAUCAAGCGCGAACUGCUGCGCAAGACCGGCCAAGCCAAGGCGUUGCGCGCCUUGCGCAAGCACACAAAGGAGGUAACCCGUCGCCUCAAGAAGGAUCUGAAGGAGAAGCUGGCUGCGGCGGAUCUUUGGGCCUUCGAGGACCCCGAUUAUCCCGCCGCGGCCAGCGGCUCCCGUCCAGCCGAGAAGGAGGUUACCGACGCCUCCAACGACGAUGUCGAGAUUGAGGCGAAGCCUCAGAGCCCGAACAAUUACACCGUGACCGACAGUUCAUAG